GUCAACCAACAACCAAGUCCAAGGAAACAAUCCCAGCUAUACCAGAGUCGUUUAUGACGCUCCGAAUAUUUACACAACACCUGGCAAAGAAGAGUCGCCUGCCAGAUAUGAAUAUAUCGAUAAUGCCAUUGUAAACCCGAAGCCAACCCAGCCUGAACUGAAAUACGACUACGCUACAAACACUGAAAUACCGCGCACAACUCUGAAUAUGAAGCCUGAGGAUGCUGCUGCCCAACCUGAUCUACAGUAUGACUACGCCAAGGACACUGAAAUACCGCGCACAACUCUGAAUAUGAAGCCUGAGGAUGCUGCUGCCCAACCUGAUCUACAGUAUGACUACGCCAAGGACACUGAAAUACCGCGCACAACUCUGAAUACGAAGCCUGGGGAUGCUGCUGCCCAACCUGAUCUACAGUAUGACUACGCCAAGGACACUGAAAUACCGAGGACAACUCUGAAUGCGAAGCCUGGGGAUGCUGCUGCCCAACCUGAUCUACAGUAUGACUACGCCAAGGACACUGAAAUACCGCGCACAACUCCGAACACGAAACCUGGGGAUGUUGCUGCCCAACCUGAUCUACAGUAUGACUACGCCAAGGACACUGAAAUACCGAGGACAACUCUGAACACGAAGCCUGGGGAUGCUGCUGCCCAACCUGAUCUACAGUAUGAUUAUGCGGCGAACACUGAAAUUCCAGAACUUGAUUCGAAGCCUGAGUCGGACACUCCUAAUAAUCCACUGUAUCAUUCACUUGAAGAACCCAGCCCACCCCCGACAGCUGUUUAUGCGACAUUAGAAGAGCCAACAGAUGAAACAAAGCUGGCAACCUACGACACACCACACUCGGGCGAUCCAGUGUAAUAUUUUUGAUGAUUUAAACGAGACAAGUUAACAGCCGUGAAUUACACUACAUUGUUUCCUUCUGCUAAAAAUGGUUACCGUUUUUCGUGGAAAGUUUUCGCAUGGGACAUGAAAUAUCCUUUUAUUCAAAAGGAUUGAUUUUUAUAGGUUGUGCAUGUCCUAGCUUUUGUAAAUUAUUUAAAGUAAUAGCAUUAUAGCCAUUGUAGUAUAAGAGUCACUUCAAUUUAAAGUCGAAGCAUGGUACGGCGUUAUACAAGAUGAGUUCUGGUAAUUGAUCGAA